AUGCUGGGCCCCCGCGGCGUGACGCGAGCACGGCAGCUCCGCCCCCUGCGUCUCUGGCCUCGCCGGCCUUGGGGGGAUGGUUCCAUCAUGGCGUCAAUGCAGAAACGAUUGCAGAAAGAACUUUUGGCUUUGCAAAAUGACCCACCUCCCGGAAUGACUUUAAAUGAAAAGAGUGUUCAAAAUUCAAUUACACAGUGGAUUGUAGACAUGGAAGGUGCACCAGGUACCUUAUAUGAAGGAGAAAAAUUUCAACUUCUAUUUAAGUUUAGUAGUCGAUACCCUUUUGACUCUCCUCAGGUCAUGUUUACUGGUGAAAAUAUUCCUGUUCAUCCUCAUGUUUAUAGCAAUGGUCAUAUCUGUUUAUCCAUUCUAACAGAAGACUGGUCCCCAGCGCUCUCAGUCCAAUCAGUUUGUCUUAGCAUUAUUAGCAUGCUUUCCAGCUGCAAAGAAAAGAGACGACCACCAGAUAAUUCUUUUUAUGUUCGAACAUGUAACAAGAAUCCAAAGAAAACAAAAUGGUGGUAUCAUGGUAAGCAGUUUUAUUUUAGCAUUUUGGUUUGAAAGAUUAUAUAUGUUUGGGGAAAAGAAGGGAAUAUAUAACUGAUGUAAUUUUGUAAUAUAGAGAAGAGUCUUUAAAAUAUUUAAGACAUUUAAUGGAUACACUGGACUAGAUUUUUAAUGGGGCACAUAAAAUCAUACCUAUCAUGUAAGUAAAAUCUAAAACCACUUUAACAUUCUAAAAUGCUACCAUUUUAUCACUAAAAAAGAGUCUUUAAUAAUCUUUAAGUGAAAUUGAAAUUAGUUAUUUGGAAACCUGUUAACUUAAAAUAGAAAUUUUGAUGUCUUUUGUAAUUACUUAAUUCUGGUACUGUUCUUAGUGGCAGGAGGGGGAGUCACAUUGUAAGAGAUGAUCCAUUAAAUAAAGCUCUCCCUAUUCUAAUAGUUAGCCCUCAAAAAUUUGUGGUUUUUCUGAUUGUAGCUGUGUGAAUACAGUACUCUCCCUGAUUUUGUUUUACUGAUUCUGUUGGGAGAGUGCUGGUAGCUUUUUAGUUGAAAACUGCCAGUCUUUUCUAAACUGACUUCACCUCUUCCUUAAAGAGGUAUAUUUGAAAUUCACAACAAAAAUUUUAUACUCUUCAGUGUACUUUUUGAAGGGAGUGAACAAAACCACUCUGAUGUAUUCAUCAGAGCAUUUCCUUUAUUUUUCUUUUUUUAAAUGUUAGCCUAAUAAGAAACGAGAACUGACAGCUAAUUAGUAAGAGUAUGAUCUUUCCCCCCUUAUCUUUCUAUCAAUUGUGAAACCUUCUGUUACCUGAGUGAAUUUGAGUCAAUUAAAAACUUUUUAAAUUAUAAAGUUCUGUAGGUGUUGAGAUAAGUGAUGGCUAGAAUCAAUACAAUAGCACUAUGCCAACAGUUACAUGUUAGAAAGCAUAGUGAAAGAGGAAUGCCCCUAAGAGCCAUGGAAAGGUAAAUACUCAUGUUAAUGACAGUUAUAGAUGACCUAGAAGAAAAAAUGGCAAAACUUGUAAGAGCUAUCAAAAAAUAGAGAUAUUUGAUGACAAACUAGUAUUAUAUAAUUUUCAAAUUAUAGGUUUAAUAUAAUUUAGUAAAAAUCCGGUGGAAUGAUGGGUGAGUGCUUGAAAGUUGGAAAAAAAUAAUAGGUGAGAAGAGCAGUUUGGAUUUUGAACUAAAGGAUAAUGAAAGAGAAAUGGUCUACUAAAUACCAAAACAUAUUAAUGCAAGAAUAGACAUCAAAAUAGAAUUACUCUUUCCUAGGCCUUUUUAUAUAUAAGAUUUGAAUAUAUGGUGAAUUAGGUGUCACAAAUCAGAAGGCAAAAAAUUAUUUAGUAAGUUAACCUGUUAGAAAGUUGGUAAUCAUUUUGGGAAAGAAAAGUUUACAUUUUUACUUCAUAUAUAAAAUAUUUCCUGUGGAUCGAAUUAAGUACUUUUUUUUAAACAAGGGAAAAUAUUUUCUUAAAGUUCGGGAUCAUCUCUAGAGGAAGGAAGAAUUUCUGAAAUCAAAAGGAAUCACAAAUGUUAAAUAUUAAAGAGUUGUAUGAAAAUUUAAACCUUUUAGAAAAACCUCAAACACAGCCAACCUUUAUUUUAAAAAUGUGAAAAACACUUAUAGUUUAUUAAAAAUAAAGACCAUUUAUGAGAGUUGCUUAACAUAAUAAAUAAAAUUAAUAAAAAGCAUUGGCCAAAACUUCACAGUAAAAUAAUUACAGAUUUAAUAUUUUGAAAUUAUUUUUGAAUUGGCAGAGUUGUAUAAAAUGAGUGCAAUCUUGGAAAAGAGUAAAGAGUAGAAAAAAAAUAGUGCUUUCGUAUUUGUUGAUGGUAUAGCAAGUUCAGCAAUAUUUAACAAAGUUUAAGAUCAAGACUUUUGUCUGAGUUACCAAUUUCUGAGAAUCCAUCCUAAGAAAAUCAUCUUUUAAUUUUUUUUUUAAAUAUUUAUUUAUUUUUGAGAGAGACAAAGACAGAGGGUGAGCAAGGGAGGCGCAGAGAGAGAGGGAGACACAGAAUCCGAAGCAGGCUCCAGGCUCUGAGCUGUCAGCACAGAGCCUGAUGCGGGGCUUGAACUCAUGAACUGCGAGACCAUGACCUGAGCCCAAGUCGGAUGUUUAACUGACUAAGCCACCUAGGUGCCCCAAUCCUAAGAAAAUCAUUUUUAAAACAAGUGUUUUAUACAUGGAAUGUUCAGUGGAGGAUUAUUUAUAAUACACACUAUUUGUUAUCUUAUGUACUAUUUGCCUGGAUUCAUUCCAGGCACAGACAUGCACACAAACACACCUACCUCAACGAAUCCUUCCGCUACACACACCCUCAGGAACUCCUUCAGCAAAGUCUUGUUGAUUGCUUUCUCUUUUAAAGAAUUUAAUAAACUUUAUUGCUGUGCCUAGAAUGCUGGUUUUGUUUUAGUCUUUAAGAUAUCCCCAGAUAAUUCUGAUAGAGCUUGACGCUUGAGGACUACCGUUACAGGGAUUCUGAGAUAUAAAAGGACAGGUUUCCAUAUAAAAUGAAUUAAUAAUCAGACUUAAGGAAUUCUUUCUGAGCACUGAAAGUCUACUAAAACAUUUAAGACCCUACUUUAAGUAAACAGCCCUUUAAUUCAAUUUACACUGCUGGCUUGUCAUUCUUUUUCAUCCUCUUGCCUAGGACCAAACACCAAACUACCUCUUCCUUCCAAAAAAAAAAAAUUCUUGAGUGUCACAGACCCUGUAUCUUAGCAUAGAAAGUCCCAGAUUCAUCAAAAAUUCAGAUUAGUCAAUCAAUAUUGACAAACACACUAAAUCAAACAUGUUUUAAAGUGUCAAAGUUCUAAAGAUAGUAUAGUCCUUCUGUUUCAAACUCAACUUCACUAAUCAUAAAAAAAUGCCCCGUUGUUUUUUCCAUAGAUUUUAAGCCACUUGUGUUUUCUAAUAAAACUUGAGAGGAAAUUGCCUUGGAGUGAUGAAUUUUAAAAAUACAUAUAAUUUGAACGUAUAAACUGCUAUCUUGCCUCAGUGUGUUCGUACAUUUUCCCUUCCUUACUCCCUGGUAGGGAAAUUUCAGAAAGAUACAGUCUUUUGGGCCCUCUGAUGCUGCCUUAUAUAGAUAAAAGGACUUAUGAGAAGUCCUUUAUCCAAGAAUAUUCCCAGAAUUUCUCAUUACGUGCUGUUGAAUAAGAAAUGGAGAGGGGCGCUUGGGCGGCUCAGUUGGUUAAGCAUCCAACUCUUGGUUUUGGCUCAGGUCAUGAUCUCACGGUCAUGGAAUUGAGCCCUAUGUCCAGCUCUAUGCUGACUGUGGAGCCUGUUUGGGAUUCUCCUUCUCCCUCUUCUCUCUGCCCCUCCCCUACUCUCUGUCUUUCAAAAUAAAUAAAUAAACUUUAAAAAAAAAAAGAGAUGGAGAAAAGUCCCAUAGGGAAACUAGAAAUAUAAAAUUAAUUAUUUAAAACAAAAUACACUUCAUAGAAGUUAUUUUUCAUAGUUAAUAGUUUUUAUCUGUUAACUGAGAAAUUUAUGCUCUCAUUACUAAAAUAGAAAAAGUCUUUUAAUAGGUUGGACUAUUACAUUCUCCACCUUAGCCAAAAAGCACUAAGAAAAGAGAGGCUUUUCAAACUAAAUUAGCUUCUUAAUGUCCAGGAGUUCAUUUUACCAAUAAACAGACUAAAAGUGUCUCUCCCCCUUCCUGCCCCCAAAAUACAAAUUAGCCAUCUUUAAAGGACUGGAUUGUAUUUCAACUAAAUUAUGACUAUUCUAGCUCAGUUUCCAGUCCCAGGUACAGAUACAUUUUUUUCAUUUACAGAUAAUUCUGUUUAAAACAUUCUCAGAUUAUUGAUUUACAGUGACUGUUCUUAACUCAGUAUGUUUUGUACUCAUGCUUGAACCCUGCAUACCUGAAUCAUUCCCCUCCCAGAAUCUCUUUAAAUCGACAGUUUGCUUCAUGAGUGACCAUCAUAUGAAAUCAAGAAAGGGUAAUACUAGUUAUACUUUGAGAUGAUAGAGCAGCUGCUCUUUCAUAAAGGUGAGUGGGUAUAGACAGUCUUCCUUGAACUUUUCCUUCAUCUUUAAAAACUAAAGCAUUUCAGCUGUGUAGCAUAUAUUAUCUCUGCCUUUAUACAUUUCAGAGUGAUAGUUAUAAGCAAUGUGAGAAAUAGCUCACCUUGACCUUACAGCUGAAUUUGAAAAAUCUUAUCAAAAAGGUAAUCAUACUCUCACUCAUAAAGCAGAAUACGUCAGCUUUGUUUUGAGUUUUCCAGAUGUCAGCUUAUAUGUUUUUCUGUUUAGCUGCGUUAGUUCCAAAAGAUCUUCAUUGAUCAAUCAUGUUCUCCUUAUAACACCAAAUUACCAAGAAAUAUGGACUCUUGUUAUUUCUUAGUAUCAUCUAAUUCUGAAAGGGCUACAAGGUCAGGCCAGUGUCCUGACAUGACCUACAAACUUAAACAAAAAGAUCCAGAGACUAAAUAAAGACUUGCUGGGAAUUGGAUGAACUUACUGAAACACUUACCAUUUCAAUUUCUAGAAGCCAAGCAGAAUUGUGGGCCUCAGGUAUAGGCUCCACAGUCCUUGGGUCAACGUGGGUCAGAGUGUUCGUCAGUGUUUGUAAUCAAAAGAGACAAGGGAGGUUUGGGUUUAGUUUCAUAAUAUCUAUGCACUUGAGAGGGCUUCCUGGCUGCAGGAUGAAUGCCACUAUUAAUGAAAAACAAUAAUUCAGCAGUUCAGUAGAUCUCCUGGAUUUGGAAGAGUAGGUUUCUGCUGAUACACCAGACCUGAGCUGCCAGAUAGAUACCAGUGUUGGGUGCUUGAAAAAAAAAGCCUCUUUCAACUUAAAUCUGUGAUCUUCCACGUUGUUAGUAUACUUUGAAAAUGUAGGACAGUCACUGCUACCCUACUGUUACUCUCUUUGUAGUAUCAUAUCUUCUGCAUUUCUUUCUGCAUUUCUUUUGAGAUUCUUCUAUAGCUCCUUAAUAUUAAAGUGCAAAAAUUUCCUGAGAUGUGAACACACAUUCCUUACUGUUACUUACUUGAAGUUUACUAUCAACCUGUUUUCCAGAAUUCUUUGAUAGUUUCUAUUCACUAAAGAACUAAGGCCAUUGGGAUACAAAUAUUCUGUGUUGCAAAUUAAGGCCAGGGGUCCAUAUGCUUUGAAAAAUUGGUUAAAUGGAGAGAAUAGGGUUAAAAAAAGUAAAGGGAACUAACCAAAAUAGGUAUUUGAAUAGACAACUCAUUUCCGCAUACAUAAGGGGAAUUUACCUAUAAUUCAGGGCUAAGAUGGUAGCCAGUUUAGUGCACAAAUGAAUGAAUGAGCCUGAAGUUCAGUAUUACAACAGACAUAAUUGUUCUUGAAAAAGAGAAAAAGUAUCUUUUUAUGGAAUCAUAAAAAUAUUUCAAUAAGAUAGCCAAUAGAAUCCAUUAAUAAUAUCCAUCUGUUUCCUGGGAUCCAUGUUGAAUGUAUAUAACUUAGUUUCAUAAUGAUUGCUUUUCACAAAUGGCAGUACUGAUCUGGUUCUUGAAGCAUUUUCCUUAAGGUGAUAAGAGAAUUGAGCAGUAUAGCUUAAGACUGUUAUUGAGUAUUGGCUUCAGAAAACUAGGCUUACAGGAAAUAGAUUGGCAUAAUGUUUAGAUGUUAUGUUCAGUAAACUGUUGAGUUUAUAAGUUUGGGGAGGAGUAGAAGAAUACCUCGCUCUCUUUUUUUUUUAUUUAUUUUUUAUUUUUUUUACAAAACUUUAAACUACAUUCUGGUUCCAUUCAGCUGGACCUGUAAAAUUUUAAGGAUUAUAAGGGGAUAGGAACAUAAAAUUGUCUCAGACUAGUAUUGAUAAACUCUUUUUCUUCCUGUCUUAUAGCUGUCUAUAGAACUAUAGUACUUAUAGAGUCUAUAGAACUUAUAGUAGUCUAUAGAACUACUUAUGUUAGGUGUAAACCUUUUUAUUUGCACUACCUUACAAAAUCAUUUUCUAAAUUCCUAAGUCCAAAUGUUUACGCAGCUUAACAGCCUUUUCCCUUUAUUUCCUGCUAGAUAACAGUUCUGUUGUCUACUGUGAAAUCUUUCUUGAACUGGUUCAUCAAAGUAAAAUUUUAAUUCCCUAAACUGUUAAGACACAAACCUAACUGUAAAGAUUUAUUUUUGUCUUUCUUAGAAUUGGGAUCCCACUUCAUAUCUACUGACUUAUUACUGUGUUCCUUUUUUUUCUAGUCUUUUGUCCCUGGGAAUAUCCAGGGAGGUGGUUUCCAAUAUAACGUGAUGGUUGUGGUGUCCAUUAUAAUGGGAUGGUUCUUAUACUUGGGAGAACUAAAUGACAUGCUUCUAAUAUAGUUCUACUCAUAUUUCCCAGAAGCCUAGUGAAGUUAGCCAUGGUAGAUGUCACCUCUUUGGAACUGGUGAUUUGUGUAUUAUAUUUGAGGGUAUAGUUUUAAUAAGCGCUUACACAGUUCCAGAAAAAAGUUUAAGGGAUUAAUCUAAGAUUUUUUUUCCAGGCCUUCAUUUUGCUACAAAUACUUUAUUCAAGAGGUUAGAUAUGUUGUGUUAUUUGACCAUGUUUUAUAGACCUAUAUUUGUCUUGAUCUUAUUAAAUUAACAACCUUUUUUUGUAGGUCAUCCUGGUAUUCAGUAAUCUUUUUCAUCUAGUUAGGAAACUGUGUUCCUUUUGCUAACAAAUGAGUUUUUUGCUUCUUAGUGAUGGCCUUUUUUUCCUAGGAAAAAAUUUGCCUGGCUUUGGCUCAUACUUGUCUCCAUACUUAAGUAUUUGCUCAUAGACUCUUUGGUUAUUUACAGCCAUGAUGGAUUUGUAAUGUUAAAUCCAUGUGUCCUUGUGGGUCCAGCUAUCAGAGAUCAUGGAACUCUAUUUUCAAAACUUACUUAGUACAUUUAUUUCUCUAAAGAUAGAGUGUUUAAGGCAGGGAGUAUCAUAUUCGUCCUCUAAUUUUUUUUUUUUUUUUAACUUCUGAUCCAGAGUGGAGAUUAGGGUAGGGAGAAUAGCUUUGUAUGGAUUUCUUACUCAUUUUGGUGGAUUGUAGCACAUUCUACAGCAGCCCACUAUACUGAAAAACUUCCAAAAUGAACAACCUGAUGCAGAUACAUUUACAGUAUCACCUAUCAGAGAUGAUAUCUUUGGAAAUAAAAGCUUAUUUUUGGCAGUUAACUAGGUAUAUGAUGUUCAAAUUGAAUUUUGUCUCACCUUUUUAUUGUAUACAUUGUCAUAUGGUAUGAUACUUAAAGUUUGACCUAUCAGAAUUUAGUGCAGUCCCUUAGCUUAGAGAUCUAAGGGCGGUUAGUUUGAGUAUUAAUUUCAAGGACCCUAAUAUUAUAAAUUACUCUGUUGGAAAAGUGAUGUUUUAACAUUUUUUAUAUUCUGCAUCCAUGACAUCUGUAUCUCCUCUGUAUUCCAAGUUCCACAGUAAUUGAGGAAACAUACUUUCAUGUGACACUUAGAAACUAUAAACUGUCCAUUUACUUCCUUCUUAAAGAUAUUAUUUCUUCAAAGAAUUCUAAUGAUUUAGAUAAGAUUUAUUUUAAAAAUCUAAUAUAUUUCACCCUUUAGAUCACCCUUAAUGUACAGGGGAUGGAAUAUUCCACGAGUUUGCCUAGCAAAAAAUUCAGAUAUACUGGUUUUUAGCUCUCAUUGAAUCAUUGGGAAUGGGGAUUUUAUUAACAAUGUAUUGAUCCUAACAUGGGAUAUUUUAUAAAGUAUUUUAGCCAAUUUUUCAGAAAUGUUUUAGAGAGCUUUCACAAUUCUUGGGUAGUUGUUACUAGUCUUCCUUCUAAAGCCUCUUUCUGAAGAGUAACCAGUCCUCAAAAUAAAUCCUUCAGAUAUGUCUUGUGAAAUAAAAUUUGUAAAAUAAGUUAUGAAUCCCCAAAUUUCAUGUCUUACAUAAAUAUGAUGUGUUGAGGCUACCAGAAGUCAUUACUAAAUUAUUUUAGUUUUUUUAACCUCAUUUGCAUAUGUAUCUAUAUUUGCUGAAAAAUGUAUUUUUAAAUGUAUUUUCCAUAGAGAAAUUAAUAACAUUGACUAUGUAUUAAUUGAUUUGGAGAUCAUACCUUAUUUGUGAAGUUAUUUCCUUCAUAGACUAAAGGCACAACUUGUAUUAUCCUGUGUUAAAUAGUAGGACACUGUUGGUCAGGAGUUUGCUUCCUGUCUCAUUAUAAUUUAAAAUUGUGGCCCUUAAAACAACUCUUGAGAGAUAAAUCCUGAAUAUGUGCUAACAUAUAUCAAUUUAUUAUUUUAAGUAGAACUAACACACUAAUUAAUGCAUCAUUUAAGAUCUGUGUGAACUACAUUUCCAUGAAAGAAUUGAAUUUGAUGUGUUUGUCACUAUAUAAUUGAACACAAAUUGGACUUUUUAUUUGCAAGGAUUGGGGGAGGCAAGUCAGACAAAUAAAUCAUGUUCUUCUUGCUACUUGAAAUUAUUUAUAUGUUAGGCUAACUUGUGGAUUUUACUUAUGCAGGCUUGACUUUUUUAAUUAUCUUUUUUCUCCUUUUCUUAAAGAUGAUACUUGUUGAUGCCACUGUUAUCAUCCUCCUAGCAGAAGAUAGUCCUACUGAGAAAAUGAGCACUUUGAUCAUUCAGUCUUUGAACUUUAACCUUUGACUGGAAGUGACCUAUAGGCAAUGAAGACUACUUCCUUUUACUGCAUUUUUACUCGUGUGCAUUCUGGGCGCAUGUUGAUCGCUGGUUCAGUCCAGGCAACUGACAUGCUUUUAUUAGUCAUACAGUAUUAAUGCAGGUGUCAGGAAAUGUCAAAUAUAAUUCCAUUUUUUAUUUUUAUUUUUUUAAGCUUUUGGAAAAGUUCCAGGUCCUCAUGUAUUGUGCAAUAACAAUGACUUCCUUGGCGGUUUUGGGACGUUCAUUGCCGGCAAUGGACGUUUAACAGGAAAAAUUUUCAUUAACUCCUGCCACCCAAUGAUUAAUGCAUGAUAGGGCCUAUGAAAUGAACUUAUUGGUUAUAGUGGGAUUAUAAAUAAAGUGAGGGAUCCAACAUUACCUUGAAAGUCACCCCAACUGUUUAUAUUUGGAUUCUAUGCACUGUGAUCCUAAGGUUAACGGCAUGAAUUAACAUGCGUCUUUAAAGGACUGUAAUGAAAGAUCAUUGCGUAUUUAUUGAAUUGUUUAUAUCUGCUGUCAAAUUGUUUUGACAUGGAAGGUUUUCAAGUAACAUUGGCAGAGAGGUACAAUAUGUUAUCCCUAUGGUGAAAAUAAAUUCAUUUGUUGUAUAUAGUUCCUCAAUAUCUGAAGUAAAGGUAUGAGUAAUAUAGGGUAUGAAUGGUUUAAUCAAGGCUUUAUUUUGGAAGUAAGAAAAAUGGCAGUGAUGAUUCAACUGCUGCAGUCCAUAAUUUGGGCUUAUUUGUACAUUAACAGUUUUUCCAAGUAGAUUACACUCUGUUACUUCCUGCUAGCCAUCAGCAUGAGCCCUACUGCCUAAACACUAUUUCAUUUAUUUAUGUUUGGAAAAUCCAUAAACAGUUUUUGUUUGCAAUUUUGUUUCUUUUGUUAUGUUUUAAGUCAAGAUUGAAUGUUACAGUACUUCAAUUGGAAAAUUUUUGUCAAGUUUUUUCCUGUAAAUUUUCUUUACUUGUAAGUAUCAUUUUGUCCUUUAAUCCUGUACCCUAAAAUAAGAAAUACAUUUUUGACAGAGGCUUAAUGUUUUAACAAAAGAGUGUGGACAUUUUUAUUUUAAAAUUUAGGCAAAAGUACACUAUAGAAUGGUAUGUUUGCUUAUUUGUCUCACACAACCAUACAAUUUUUCCUGGAGGGAUUAGUUUUGUUUUCUUGUUGUUUAAAAGACUUUGCUUACAGCUAGAUAAAGUUUUCUAUAGAAAAAAAUUGUUGGAACGUCCAAUUCUCAGUACCAUGUAGGUUAAUGAUACUGCAACUAGGUUCUCUUUUUAAAAAGCGAUUAUGUAUUUUAUAAAUUACCUUUUCACAUAUGCAAAAAUCUGUUUCUACUACAAUGUUAUUUUUACUAAUGCCUGUUGUUGCACUCUUUUUGACAUAUCCUGCAGUGAAUAAAUAUAUGAAUCAAUUUGGGCUUAAAAGUAAAAGCCAAUUGGCUGAAAGGUUUGAAGUAUGUACCCCAGCAAAACCAUCCAAUCAAUAAUUGGCGAGGAGUAUUUUCAAAAUUGUUUUUAAUCUCUGUAUAGAUGACAUUUUGUAGCUUUGUACAUGUUGUUAAUUAAGGGCAUAUAAUUUUACACUCUAAAAGUAUAAUUGCUGAACUCAGGGGUGGGUAGACUUCAAAAAUAUGUCUGCUGUAGAAAUAACUUGAAAAACAAAUUAAAACUAUGGCCAGCCACCAAAUUGUGGACACUGUUUAUACUAUAGUUAGCAACUACCACUUUUUGAAAUUAAACACAUUUUUGUUCUUUCUUCACUAGAUACACCUAAGUUCUCACAGUAGUUUCUAUCAGUCUUAUUAGUUGCCCUGUUUAACCAAGACAAAAAAUGUUUUUUGGAAUGCUUGAGCUACUCUUAGUUUUUAACUGCUUUUUAAUAUGAAAAUUGCAGUGACAAAUUAUAUAUUUUUCAUAUUUUACACAACUCUAAACUGAUUGACUUGAUCAUUUGUGGGGGUGGGGGAAUCUUUCUCCAUAAUGCUGGUCCUCUUACUAAAAUUCUUUUAUAAAGAAAUGAUCUGUGACAUUUAUUCACCAAAGGAAUUAAUAUACCAGGUCAAAGAUGAACAAUGCUGUCCUGUAGAUUAAUAGGUGGUAUAUAGCCUCAGUUGAGUUUUGUAAAAUAAAAAUCGCAGUAUUUUAAGAUACCUCUCUCUCUACCUAGAGAUAUCAUAAAAUAAAUUAAAAUGAAGCAGAGGAAAGUAAAGGAAACCAAAUAAUUUCAGUACACUUUACGGUUUAAAGAGAAGGUGAAAUAUCCUAAAAUAUAGAAAUACCAAUCAUUCAAAAUUUGCAAUAAGAUAACACUUUAUUCGUUACAUUACUCCCUUGAACUUAGGAAUUAUUGGAAACUCCUUUGCACUUAGAUUUAAUUAAGUUGAUUUUAAAUGUAAGUUACAUUAUUAAAAGACAUAAGAUGUUUACUUAAGUCAUUGCUCUAGAGAGCAAAAUUAAUGACUUUGUAAUAAUAAACAAUAUUUCUCUGUAACACGUUGUUGAACGACAACCAGAAUACCAAGAAAAUGUACAUAGGAAUAUGCUACUUCCCUCUUCCCUUGCUCUAUGGGGCACUGUCUGCUACAUAGGCCUACAGAAUUAUACUUUCAUAUUUAGACAAUAUGUACUCUCUAUUUAUUUAUUUAUUUAUUUAUUUUAAGGCCAUUCUUCUGGUUUGCCAAAUUCUGUUAAGGCAGUGAUACAUUCAUUUCCUUAUUUUGCAUGUUUAUAUCAUGAACUUGGUGCCCUUUCAAAAAAAAAAAUAUUAUGUUAAGUAGGUAUUAAUGCCAUAGAUUUUAAUGAGAGAAAUGGUUUUCAGUUUUUUAAGAUAAAUUUUUUAAAAUACGUUUUAUGGCUGUUCUCUUAAGGAAUUUAAUAUUCACCUCUAAAGGACUUACUUGUAGUGUAUGAAUUCCUCCUUUUAGCUAGCAGGGACAUAAAGCUUUUUUUAAUCCCCAAAAGAAAAUGCUAAAAAAUAGCUUUUAUAUACGGUUCAUCUGGAGAAAGACCUUAAUCCUUAUUUGUUUUGACUAGGUAUAUAAAUAUUUGGUAUAAAAUAACUAGAAUAGUUUAUUACUUUUUCCCUUCUGAAAUUUUAAAUAUAUGCAAAUAUAUAUCAUUAGAUUCCUGUGGUGAAUAAUAAUUUCUUCAGAUUCUAAAACAGGUAUCUAGUGACUGCUUAAUUAUUUCCAGAUUGCAUCAAAGAUGAAUUGACAAAUAAUGGAAAUGAGUAGUGAUAUGAAAAUGGUAUGUAACCACAUAUUACUUGUUUCUGGUAAUCAAAUCUUAUUUUUUAAAAAGCCUAUUGUUUUUGAGAAUUGAGAUAUUUAAACUUGUUACAACUUCUUCCUAAAAAUAGAAGAGAAGAGGAGGUACUGUGUGUUCAAAAAUUUUUUUAAAUAAAGAAUUCAGUGUCACUAGUUCUAAGCCUUUAUGGUCACUGCUGCUUAUAUUUCUUGAUCUCACUUUUAUUUAAUUUUUUUGUACAUAUUCGAGCUGAAUGCUUAGGAUUAUUAAGUGUAUAUAAAUUGGUUUUCUAAAAGAACUGAGGCUUACCCAUAUCUUCUCUAAGGAUUCACUGUUACCAAAAUCAGCUACUGCACGAUUCUAUGUUAUGCUAAUGCCUUUGCAUGAUUAAGAUCUGUGAAGGUGUCUUUUAAUCUGCAUCACUUGGCCCAAUCCUCUUUGCAGUCUUGUUUUUCUCUCCUUUCUUCCUGUCUUCUCACAGAUGUCCACUAUGUUGGUCUUCAGGAGUUUCCCGAAGUUUUCCUCUCCCUCUCCCUUCCUUCCUUCUUUCCUCCUUCCUUUUCUUGAGGUUAGGGAAUCCAGAGAAGGAAGACUAUUGAAAUUACAUCAGAAAUUUUUCUUAAAUAAGAGGACUCCUUCCUACAGAUAAAAUAUGUAGAAUUUCUGAUACUUUAUUUCAGUUCAAGAGUAGGUGGCUAAAUUUAUUGAAUAAUUGACUACUUGAUAAAUGAGCUGUUAAUUGUAAUUUAGUUCUUAAAUACUAAUAUUAAGGGAGUUUUGCUUACUUUUUGGAUGGUGACUCUCCCAAAGUCUAAAUAUUGCCCAAAUGAAUUGAAUUAAUUGUUUUGGUAAAAGUGUUUUUUCCAUUUAAGUUUCUAAGCCAUUUUGAGAUUUGGAACUUUUUUUCUUUUUUUUUAAUAAUUUGUGGGAGACUUUAAUUUUCUCAGCAUGAACUGCAUUAAAGACAGGCUUGUAUGCAUCAUUAUCAUUAGAGGCCCGUGGAGUCUAAACAUGUACUUCAAACUUUAGAUCUUUAUCUUUAAAGUUGAAGUUCUGGUUCUGACUAUCGUCCUGAUGAUUGAGGUGUUCUCUGUGACUUUAAUUCUCAAAAGUUACUGGGACUGAUAGUUGAGGAUGAAUCUCCAGAAUGGUUAUAUGACUGUUUUAUCAAAAAAUUGUUUAUAAAACAAUAUAAUAUCUGAAGACAUUUUUGAAUAUGUGGAAGGAAAGCUUGACUAGAAGCUGGUAUGUUUUACCAUACCUAAAGAACUGCAAUUGUGCAAGUUGAGUGCAGUUGACAGGGAGAAAGAGAAACAGUUCUUGUUCUAUUUCUUGGUGCAUACUUUGUCAGGGUUUUGUCAAAAGUUUGCUUCUGCAGUAAUUCUAAGCAGUUUUCUCAAAGGCAAAGCAUGGUUCUGGGCUUUGGCUUGUUAGGUGUGGCCGCACUUGUCAAAUUUCCUGGUAAAUGGAAAAAUUGAAUAAUCCCACCUCUCUAAUUCUAAAGCCUGAAACAAGACUAGUGAGGAAUGUGGUAGAAUGUCAGAUACCAUGAAUAUAAAUGCGAGUCUCUUAAUAGUUAACCACAGAUUAUUUACAUAAAUACAAAUUGAUUGUCAUUCUCGGGGUAAAAUCAUUAAUCGAACAGAUUAUCAUGUCAGUUAUCUGGUAGCCAAGAAUUAAGUCCAUGUUCAAGUUAAAGUGGAUUUGUUGUUUUUAGUUGGUACCAUUUUUCUCUCAAUAUUCAGAAAUACAAAUUGUGCAUUUUAUUAAUAGGAAUGGAAGCUCAUGCUUGAGGAUUUGAAUAGGGUGGAUGUAUAUAUUUUAUAAAUUCAAGUUGUAAAAUAUGUAAAGCUGCUGCUUUUUGAAUAGAAUAUAAAUGUUAAGACAUAAAUCUAUAUAUUAUAUAUUUUUAAAUACAUGUACCAAACUUUUGUUAGUUGAAUAUAAAUUACAUUGUGUGCUUUAUGGAAUUCAGUAACUUUUAAUAAUAAAGCAGUUGUCAUUGAUUUUUUUUAUGUAGACUUGAAUAUUAAAUUGGAUAAUUAAAUCUCUUUGUAGUUUAUAAUAAUGUAAAAAUUUACUUAUGUACUAGUUUCUCAUUACAGAGGACUGCGAUCUUCAAAGGUUUGUGGAAACAGUGACAUGUCCAUUUCCAAAAAUAGGUGCAACAGCACGAAGAUAGUCCCUAACGCCACUUGUUUAUUUAUUUAAUGGAUCAUGUUCACUUAGCAGUGUAGCCUAGUAUAUUUUAGUGGUUCUUCAUGCUUUAAUUGAAGAAGUCCUGAUUGAAAGACAGGCAUCUUCAGAAAAGGUGGAAACUGAGACCCAAGCACUUGCUUAGAGUUCCACCAUGAGUCUAGUGUUGCUGAACUUUAAGUUCUAUUAGAUUAAUAAGGACAUACCAUAGAGAACUUUGGAAUACUUUCCUGAGUAUACACAUAGAUCAACUAACUUAUGUAGAUGAGUGACUCGUGAAACUAUGAGAAAAGCAGAGGAGAGGCUGAAGAAUCAGGAUACCUGUCUGCAUCUCAGUUAUUCACAGCAGGAAGAAUGCUCUGCUGAUAUUCUAAGUUCUCUAUCCAGGGGUCCCUGCUUGCCCCAGGAGCACCUCACUCCUCACAGGGGCAUGAAACUGCCUUACCUCAACAUGCUGUUUCUCCAUCCUCAACAGUAGAUGAGUAACUGGUUACGUAAAUGCAAGACCCGUCUUUGUACUUUGAUGACAUUCUCUCCCUUUAUUAUAAAUCUUAGAAUAAUUUCUACCUCUCUCAGAUGGUUUAAGCAACACUGUGGAUAAGUGAGUCUUUUGAAGUCCUCUCUACAUUCCGUAGUACUUUUCACACUAACAUACAGCAAAGUUAAACAUGAACUGAAGAGAAGUCAAAUGACAUAGCUAAGAGUUUUCUGUGCUUGGAUAAUAGGGUCCAAGGCCACAGUGGUUCUACAACAUCUGUCCUGUUGGGAACUUCUGUCAAUAAAUCUUUUAAAUUGCUUAUGAGAUUUCUUUUUAAUGUUUGCUUAAGGCAAAAUAUGUAAGUGAGUACCUGUGUGCUCUUUCCAGCCCAGUGGAGUUUGGAAAUGUUUUAAUAAGGAAAAUUGAAAUAAGAACCUAAGGUAGAAAAUAUCUUCUCAUAUAGGUACUUGACCUUCAAGGACCCAUUGUGGGUAGAUAUAACUCAUCAGGCAAGAACCUAAUAAGGAUGGCUACUUCCUGCAGAAAACGUUUCCAACUUAACAUAAAAAUUUUCUUGUGUCCUGGGGCACCUGGGUGGCUCAGUUGGUUAAGCGUCCCACUCUUCAGUUCAGGUCAUGAUCUCACAGUCGUGAGGUCGGGCUUCGCACUGAGCUGAGCGUAGAGUGUGCUUAAGAUUCUUUCUCCCUCUGCUCCUCUCCCCCACUCACACUCCCUCUCAAAUUAAAAAAAUAAAAAUAACUCUUUAAAAAAUGUUUUAUGUCCUCUCUCACACCCCAGAAAGCAUGUUUCUCUUUUCUUUCCUGUUAUAAUGGCAUUCUAUCCAACCUAGUUAUCCAAACGAAGACUUAAUCGCUAUUUACUGGUCCUCUCUGAUAUUUUUCAUCAUUAAGUCCUUUUGAGCCUCUCUUUAAAAAUGAUCUCAAAUCCCUCCUUUCUCCUAGUGUCCUUGUCAUUCUGUCCCUUCACUGCCUGCAUCCUGUGUUCCCAGGCUGCUCUUCAGCCAUCCACACACUUUGUUCCUUAAAUAGUAGCAAAAGAAGACUACCUAUACUUUGCUAAUGUUCUUCCAUGUUCCUAAAGUGUUUUUCAUCUGCUUUUCUACCUAAAAAAGUCCAGUUCAAAUGUAGUUCUAAGGUUAUAUUUGUCCUUUCCUUCCCUUCCCACCCCCUACCAGUCUUCUGUCCUGGAUUCUUUAAUAGUAGGGGCAAUGUCUCAAAUGCCCCCAGCAUGUAGCACACAGUACACAACAUACAAGCUUUUAAUAAAUGUUUGUUAAAUUAACUUGAUUGUACUUGUAUUUUUAUACUAACUUUUCUAAAGAAACUUAUGCAAGUGCUAGCAGUUUUGAAACCUACCUCUAAACCACCAUCUGUGUGAAGUGUCACAGCAGAACAACUUACCCUUCCUAUCCCAGAAAGUUUGAAAAAAAUUGCUUUGAAGUAAACCAUUAACGAUUCUUCAUUGGUUUUACUUUCAUUUAUUUAAAAAAAAUAUUUUUCUCGUAUCUUUGCCCUGUGUCUGAGGUAAAUUGCUUACCUUGAAUAUAUAUUUACAGAUUAAGAAUGUAAUUGUUUUAGGGCACCUAGGUGGCUCAGUCAGUUAAGUGUCCAACUUUUGUCUUAGGUCAUGAUCUCACAGUUCAUGAGUUUGAGCCUCACAUCGGGCUCUCUACUGUCGGUGCAGAGCCUGCUUCUGAUCCUCUGUCCCCCCCACCCCAGCCCCUCCCCCACAUGCACAAAUGCUCGUGCGCUGUCUCAAAAAUAAGACAGUUAAGAAAUUUUAUUUAAAAAGAAUAUAUAAUUGUUUUAAGCUAAAUAUAUCUGAAGAGACCUGAGCUCAUAAAGGUAAACCUAAUACUCAUUAAGGUUAAAAACAGACAUUAAGCAAGUACUUAGAACCUCGAAUGCUGAGGAUGGCAGAUAAGACAAAGCAUAUAUCUUCAAAGGGUCUAUAUUCUGAGCGGGAUAAGAAAGAAAAAUAGUAACAUCAAAAGUAAUGAGCCCUAAAAGGUGCAGAUAAAUAGCUAUUUCUGAUAAUCAUGGAAGUGAAUUGACUGCAAAAAGAAGCGUAAUUGUUUGAAAGUUAAAAAUGUAGAUGGGUUCUAGGGAAGUACAAAAGCCCUAGGACAGGGUUUGUAUGAGGGCCAGCCUGGAGGAGCAUGUGCCUGCUUCAGAGUACGUUGUUGGGGAGGGGCAGCAGCCAAGGGCCAAAGGAUGGUAGAGCCUUGUGGGUGAGGGUAAGGUUGAAAUUGGUCUUUCGGUUUCCACUAAUCAAAGAGCUGAGCCUAGCACUCAGUUCCUUUUGUCCUAGGGCGCUUAUUGAGAAGAGAUUAUAAAGCUGAGUCAUUGUGUGGGCAAUAUCACAGGAAAUGUUGCUCAGAAAACACAGCGAGGGGUCUGAGCUACUAUACCUACAUCCCACCCACCAAAACUAAAGCCAGCGACUAGCAGAGCUCCAUCCCCAGAGUGAAGGUCACCUGAGGAAACAACCCUGAUUCAGACUUGCAUCUUGGAUUGGUUCAGGGAAUGUCAAGCUUUGAACUUGGAUUGAGCUGUGGUCUCUAGCAGUGUCCUCAGGAGGUGGCCAGGAGGAAAUGAAAGUUCUGUGGAAGAAGCUAUUCUCUUCCCAGGUCUCAGAUGAUCCAUACAAGUGAUUUAUUUCAAUACAGUGACCAAUACACAAAGGUUAUCCCUUCUACGAAGCAAGGCACUGUGAAAUGACAGACCUAGAAAGCGCUGGAGGUGUGGGGUGGGGAGCGACAGGAUCUGGUACAGUUUACUGCUCUGCAUCCCACAUUUUGUUGGGAGCUUCUGAAGAACAAGAACUGUCUUGUUCAUCUUUACACUCAUUCAGAUAUCAAGUGCUUUCUGUAUCCCAAGGAGCUUAUGAUCUGGCAGAGAAGACAAAUGGGUAAUUAAAAUAGUGUGACAGUUGUGAUAGGCUAAUCACAGUGCUGAGUGAGCAUCAAGGUGAGAACAAAGCUGUCUAAGGGAGUCUAAGGAAAGAAUUCCAGGGGAAGUGGUGAGUAUUGGCCAGGCAAAGGUGGGAAAGUGAAGAUGAGGGCAUCUGAGAUAAAGCACAGAGCAAGUGCAAAAGCCCAGGAUGAGAGAACAGUGUUCAGAGCAUUGAAUGUGGAUGAGGAAGUGGUAAAAAUAAAUUGAGAUAAAAUUAGAGCUAGCAUGCAAAAGACCAAAUUAAUAGAGUUUUGGUUUUAUCUCCUGGGUGACAGGGACUGAUGGAUUCAGAUUUGCACUUAAGAAAAAUACCUUGGCUUAUAGUCUGGAGAGUGAUCUGGAAGGGUCACGAGAGGGGAAAAACAAGAGACCUUAUCAGUACCAAAUGAUGAUGACAACUUGGACUUAUUAUAAAGUAUUUGCAUAAAGACAGACAUACCAAUGGAACGGCAGGGAAAGUACAGAGAUUAGUUUUGUUUAAAGAUGCCAAGGUACUUGUAGGGGAAAAGAAUAAUGUAUCCAACAAAUGGUACUAGAACAUUUGGAAAGCUAUUUGUAAAAAAACAAAAAUAAAAAUCUUCUAUACAAAAAUUAGCCCAAAAUGAAUCAUACACUUAACGAGUAAAACUAUAAAAUUUCAAGAAAACAGAAGCUCCAAGAUCUUGGAUGUGGCAAAGAUUUCUUAGCUAUGAAACAAAUUACUAAAAACAAUUGAUAAAUUGGGCUCAACAAAAUUUAGGAUUUAGGCUUUUAAAAAGACAUUGUAAAGACUGCACAAUAUAUGUGCAAAGUAUAUAACCCAAUAAAGCACUUGAAUUUAGAUUUUUUUUUUAAAUCUUAGGGUUUAAUAACCAGAAGCAAAAUAACCCAAUUUAAAAAUGGGCAAGUUUUAUGAUUUUUUUUUUUUACCUGAACUAUUCUUGACUGAAGAAAAUACAGAGACGGCAAAUAAGUAACUGAAAAACUGCUGAGUAUCAAUCAUUAGGGGGAAUAACAGGUGAAAACCACAAGAUACCACCGCACCAUCACUGCACUGUCCGUACCAAGUUUUGGCAAGGACAUGGAGUAAUGGGAACUUUCCGACACUACUGAUGGCGAUGUAGAAUGUGUAAGUACUUUGGAAAACUGUUUGAGAGCUUCUUUAAAAAGUUAAACACGUACCUAUACUAUACAAGUCAGCCAUUUCGCUCGUAGGUAUUUACCCAAGAGAAAAAGACUAUGUCUACACAAAAACUGUGUAUAAAGGUUUGUAUCAAGUUUGUAAAAUACCCAAACUGGAAACAUCCUAAAUGUCCCUUAGUAGGUGAUUGGAUGGCCAAUGUGAGAUAUCCAUACAUUGGACUGCUACUCAGCAGUAAAACAGGAAUGAACUAUUAAUAUAUGCAACAACAUUGAUAAAUGUCUAUUAUGCUGAGUGAAAGUACCCAUGCAAAAAGUACCCUGUAUGGUUUUAUCUAUAUAAAAUCCAAAUUCAUAGUGACAAAAGUCAGAAGUAUUUGCCUGAAGAUAUGGGGUGGUGGGAACAAACUUUUGGAGGUGAUGGAUACUUGAUUAUCUUGUUUUCCCAGAUUUAUAUGUAUAUGAAAACUCAUUAAAUUCCACAAUUUAGGGGCACCUUGGUGGCUCAGUUGGUUGAGCCUCCAACUCUUGAUUUUGGUUCAGGUCAUGAUCCCAGGGUUGUAGGAUUGAGCCCCGUGUCAGGCUCUGCACUGAGCGUGAAGCUUGCUUAAGAUUCUCUCUUUCUCCCUUUUGCCCCUCUCCCCUGCUCAUCCACGCUCUCCCUAAAAUAAAAUUUAAAAAAUUUUAAUUCCACACUUUAUAUAUUAAUACUUUACUGAAUGUUCUACCUCAAACAGAAUUAGGAGGUUUUAAGCAAUAAAGGCAAAGGAUGAUAAAGGCCUGAAGUGGAGUAUAAGAAAGUGGGCAAUUCAACCAUAAUCAACUUGCCCAAAAUUAUAGGUCAAAAGUGAUGGAGCUGGAAUUUAAUCCUGAGUCUGACUGACUUCAAAAUCCAUGCUCUAAGUCAGUAUGCCUAUACUUAACAUGAACCCCCAUACUUUUGGCUUAGACAAUUGAACAGAGAGGCUGAUGACUUUCACCAAUACACAAGGAGGGGAGCAGGUUUGGGGGAGAGGAUAUGUUUGUGCUUCCUUGUAGCAGCAAAUACAGUAACUUACCUAGUGAAUUAGUGAGUGGAGAUGUGAGUUGAAGUUUUUAGGUGGCAACGUUAAUGAAAGAGUGAUGUAAUCUCACUUAGUUCAUGAGCUUAUUUGCCUAUUGACCAACAGCUGAAAAAUUUAAUAUUUUCUAGUCUAAUAACCUACCCAAUGAAUUAGUUACUUCUCAGCAUCUUUGAAGUGAAUCACCCCUGACACCUUCACUGACAGGAAUUAACUCAGAAAAUUACUGCACGUUUCAGCAAAUCUUAUCAUUAGAAAGUUAUUUCUUUCAAACUGAAGUCUGCUUAUACGAUUUAUUCUAGAUUGAAGUGUGUCUCCCUAAAAAAUAUAUGUUGAAGUCCUAACUCCCAGUAGCUCAGAAUGUGACGGUAUUUGGAAAUGGAGUUGUCAAAGCUGUAAUUAGUUAAAGUGAAGUCAUACUGGAUGGAGUAGGGUGGACCUUAAUUCAAUAUGAGUGGUGUCCUACAAAUUGGAGAAGACACUGAGACACAGGCACUUGGGAGAACACCAUGUAUCCAUGCUGUGAUACAUCUACAAGCCAAGGAACACCAAGGAUUGCCGGGAACCACCAGGAACUGGAGGAGGCAAGGACGGAUUCUUCCCCAGAGCCUUUGGAGAGUAUGAUCCUGCUGAUACCUGAUGUUGGACUUCUCACUCCAGAACUGUGAGAGAAUAAAUGUCUGUUGUUUUAAACCAUCCAGUUUAUGGUCGUUUGCUAUGACGGCUCUAGGAAACUAAUCACACACUCUCCCAUCUUUUUUUCCCCUAGUUCUGCCUUGUGGAGACACAUGGAAUAAGUCCUUGUCCCUUCUCCAGAUAUUUCCAGAUGUUUAGAGCACAUCUUUUUUUUUUCCAGGAGAAUAUCUCCCUCGCUGGUUUUUUACCCGAUACAUUUUUAAAUCCUUUCAUUAUUCUUUUGUAGCACCAAGAUUUUCACAGAUGCUUUACAGUGUGAUAGCCAGAACUGAUCUUACUACUUCAAACAGUUUGACCUACAAAAAAGAAUGGAAUUUGCUCUCUGGUUCAGGUCAGGGAUCUUCAAGCUGUUUCUCAGAGCUUUAGGAGUUCCUUGGAGGUACGCCAGAGGCACACUUGACUGUAUUUCAUGUAAAUGAAAUACACUUUUCUGACAGGGUUGUUUUUGCUUGUUUGUUUGUUUGUUUGUUUGUGGGGAGAGGGGGUCCCAUGUAAAGUAUUACUUUUCCCAUGAGUAAAAGUAUUAUUCCCAUGAGAUUUUACUUUGUCUAGUUCUGCCAUGCUAUUUAGCCUUGUGCUUUUUUGGUUUUUUAUUCCAUCGUGUACCCUAUUCUCUCUCCCUCUUUUUCAGUACCACCUCAAAGCAUUUCUACACCUUUUCAGAAUUUAACAAAGCCAAUAAGGACAUGAGCCUACAGCAUGUUAUCUGCAGCUCAGUGUGUUAUUUAAACCAUUUAACUACAAUCUGCUAUUUUUUCUACCAAGUGUCAAACUAUUAUCUCUCAGGCCAUAUUUCUAUAUAGUUUAGCAAAGAAAGAUGCUGGUUAUUCUGGUGAAACUCAUUCUUGGUGAAUUUAUGCUGAUUCCAAAUGGUCAUUCGUUUGGUUUCUAUUUUGAAUAACUGAAUUCUACAUAUUGUUUUGUGAUUUCUGAUCUGUUGAACACAUUCCAGUCUGUCUGUCUGUCUGUCCGUCUGCCUCUGUCUGUCUCCAGUGACCACAAGGUGAGCGUGGCUGCUGUGGGAGUGUAGGAUCUCCCUUCAUGAAAUUACUUGCUGGUCAGCUGCAAGCAGUGCAGUUAGCUGGUUGGUUUCUCCAAGGGUAGCCCUUCAGCGUCUGCCUCAGAUAGAGCCCAAAUCACACUUUUCCCAAGCAGCCCCCAGCCAAUAACAUGGCCUGGCCAUUGCUGCCCAGUGUGGGACUUCUCCAAUAGAUAAUCCUUGGUCUAGAGCUUCCCAUUAGAUCAGCGAGAUCUUGGCAGAUCUGCGUCUCAGUCUGACGCUCCACCUACCCACAUCUGCUUCCUCCUCCUCCCCCCUUUCCCUUCACAGGUUUCAGAUCUACACCAUGGUUUGGUUUUCAUAGCCUGAUCUUUUUUUUUUUUUUUAAGUAAACUACCCCCCAACAUGGGGCUCGAAAUCAUGACCCCAAGAUCGAGUUGCAUGCUCUCUACUAACUGAGCCAGCCAGAUGCCCACCCUGAUCCUUUUUUAUCUUUCACAAACAUUACACAUACUCUUUACCACAAGAAACCCCAAUGCCCUCCAAACUCUAGUGCUGAUUCUGGGCCACCAGAAUCAACAGAGUUGGCACUGAGUGUGGUCAAGAAGAAGGUUGAUGAGAUGGAGUUUUGAGGCCUAGUCACACUCAUUGUCUCCCUGACAAUGAGGACCCCAUCCCAGGUGGCAUUUGGGACAUAGAUAGGCCCUGCCACAGGUAUUAUGUGGCCCAGUUGCUAAAAUUUACACAAGUGAUGAUUUGGAAGAAUGCUCCAUUGGAGGGGACCGCCUUGGACAGUAAGUACAAUGGUUCAAGCAUUUGGAAAAUAUGGGGGAACAAUGAAUACAAGGACAACGAAAUUGGGUGAUUGUUAAUAAAUUGUAUUAUCCUCUGUCUUAGUCUGCUUGGGCCACAGUAACAAAAUCUCAUACAUGAGUGGCUAAAACAACGGAAAGGUAUUCUCACAGCACUCAGAGAAUGCAAGCAGGAACUGGCUCUUACAAGGGCACUAAUCCUUUCAUGCGGGCCCCACUGUCAUAAUCUCAUCUAAACCUAAUCUCUCAAAGGCUCCGUCUCCAAAUACCAUCACAUUAGGGGUUAGGACUUCCACAUAUGAAUUGGGAGGGGACAAGAUGAACAAUUGAAUCCAUAGCAUCACCUAGAGAGGGAUGAUGCAAAGUUGAGGGCAGAUGACAAUUGAAAACUACUUCUGAACACCAGAGGGCCUCUUUGGUAACUGCCAAAGAAGGUCUUACCUCCUGCAGUGGGAGAGCAGGAAAAGCUCAAGACCAGAGUCAGCAUUUAAAAGAUCCUUGAGGAGGGCGCCUGGGUGCCUCGGUCAGUUAAGCCUCUGACUUCGGCUCAGGUCAUGAUCUCACAGUUUGUGGGUUUGAGCCCCAUGUCAGGCAAGCCUGGAGCCUGCUUCAGAUUCUGUGUUUCCUUCUCCCUCUGCCCCUCCCCCCCUCAAAAAUAAACAUAAAAACAUUUUUUAAAAAAUAAAAAUAAAACUUAAAAGAGGCUUGAGGGGUGCGUGGCCAGCUCAGUAAGUGGAACAUGUGACUCUUGAUCUCGGGGUUGUGAGUUCAAGCCCCAUGUUGGGUGUAGAGAUUGCUUAAAAUAAAAUCUUUGAAAAAAAAUAAAAAUGAAAGAGCUUUGAGCUUCGAAAAUAUUUGGAUGCUCAGCUGGGCCGGUCUGUUAUGGGAAGGUCAGGGUCCCAAUUGGGCAACCAGAGACCCUGACACAUGAGAUAGAGACAUCUGGGUGUGGGACUCCAGAGACUGUGGGUCCCUGACUCCUCUGUAAUUUUAGAGCCCAUAGAGAGACCCACCCUCCAUAUUAAGAGCUAGAAUACCCUCCAGUGAGAGGACCCAUCAGGGAUCCUUCUUAGACUCUGCCCCCACCUCUUCUAGCUGCCCCAUGCAUAAGCAGGUUUAAGAAACAAUAAAGUCGGGAUGAAUGGGUGGCUCAGUCAGUUAAGCAUCCGACUUUGGCUCAUAGUUCAUGGUUCAAGCCCGCAUUAGACUCUCUGCUGUCAGCACAGAGCCUGCUUUGGAUUCUUUGUCCCCCUCUCCGCCUGCCCCUGCCCAGCUUGUUCUCUAUCUCUCUUAAAAUAAAUACAUAAACUUAAAAAGAAAAAAAAGAAAUAAUAAAAUCUACCUGGAAUAGGUGGAGUCUCAUAAUGGAGGAAAAGAACUAUCCCUUUAAAAAAAAAAAAAAAUUUCCCCCCAGUAUUAUUGAGAUACAAUUGGCAUAUAACAUAAAUUUAAAGUGUACAAUGUAGGGGCACCUGGGUGGCUCAGUCAAUUAAGUGUCCGACUCUUGAUGUCAGCUCAGGUCUUGAUCUCAGUGUCAUGAGUUCAAGCCCUGCAUUGGGCUCCACACUGGGCAUGAAGCCUACUUAAAAAAAUUUUUUUUUAAUUUAAACAUGAAAUAUAGACACAAAAAAACCCACAAAAACUUUAAAAUUUUAAAACACAAAUCAUUACAAUGUAAUGACUUUUUAUUUAGAAAUUCUUUUUAAUGUUUAUUUUUGAGAGAGAGACAGACUGUGCGUGGGGGAGGGGCAGAGAGAAAGACACACACACACAGAAUCCGAAGCAGACUCUCAGCUAUCAGCACAGAGCCUGACGCAGGGCUCAAACCCCCGAACCGUGAGAUCAUGACCUGAGCUGAAGUCGGACGUUCAACCGACUGAAGCACUCAGGCACCCAGGUACCCAGUGUAUAAUGAUUUGAUACACUUACAUAUUGUGAAAUGAUUAGCUCAAUAGGGUUAGUUAACAUUUCCAUCACCUCAUAUAACGACCAUUUCUUUUUUGUGGUGAGAAUAUUUAAGAUCUAACUCUUAGCAACUUUCAAGUAUAUAACACAAUAUUAUUAACUGUAAUCAUUAGAUCCCAAUGUACAUCAAAUCCCAGAACAUAUUCAUCUUAUAACUGGAAGUUCGUACCCUUUGACUAACAUCUCCCCAUUUCUCCCACCUCCAGCCGCUGGUAACUUUCUGUUUCUAUGAGUUUGGCCUUUUUAGAUUCCACAUAUUAGUGAUACCAUGGAGUAUUUCUCUCUUUCUCUCUGACUUACUUCACUUAGCAUCAUGUCCUCAAGGCCCAUGCCAGUUGACACAAGUGGCAAGAUCUCCUUCUUUGCUGUGGCUGAAAAAGAUUACAUUUUACAUACAUCACAACUUCUUUAUCCGUUUGUCUAUAGAUAAUGGAUGCUUAGGUUUUUUCCAUAUCUCGUGAUUGUGAAUAAUGCUGCGUGGAACAUGGGAAUGCAGAUACUCCUUGAGAUCCUGAUUUCAUUUCCUUUGGAUACAUACCCAGAAGUGGGAUUGCUGGAUCAUAUGCCAAGAUGAAGUAACAAGGACCCAUUUAAGGAACUAAAAGAACUGAAGUAACUAAAAAGCUACAUGAAAUAUACCAAACAACAGUUUCAAAAACACUGGCUAUCAGGAGAGGAAGGACAGUGGUCCCUGGAAGAAGAGAAACACAUGUGGUGAGCCCUACAAUUGCUGGAGCUUCCUGCCAGGGCGGUGUUUCCAGUCUGCUGUGCCCAGAGGGGGAGCCAAGUGGAGCCCGACCAUCUUCCUGAGUUGAGGAGACAAAGCUGGAAAUCAAUGGAGGCCCAGGGUGGCUGGAGUUCUCAGGUGCAAAUACUGGUGAGUAGAGACCAUUGCAGAGACAGCAUGCCAGGGAGCCCCAGGUGGUGUCCGGC